AGUCUUCAUCAGUCUUCCUACCAAGUCAGAUUAUAGUAGAAAGAUUAAGAAAUAGGCAAGCUAAAUUACAACUUCUUCCAUUUGCAGUCUUGAAAUGUCUGCCCCGAAAAUUCUUUUAUUGCUUUGUGCAAUGAUAGUUGUCUCUCGUUGCGAUAUAGCGAGGCGUUCAGAGCCCGAGAGUGACAGUGAUGAACAAUUUUCGGACAGUGUCGAUAGUCGUGACGAUGAAAACCAAGACUUUCUUCCAAAGUUUUACAACCUCGAUGAUAUCCCCGAUGCACCAACGAGUGCUCCUGGUGACAACAAACGAACAGACUGUUUGGAAGAGCUGUUCACCCAAGCUGGAUUACAUAAGGAGUCCAUCCAGGGCUACAUUCAGGCCUUCCGAAACAACGCGUUGGACGUCGAUGCCCUGUACGGACUAAACUUCGUUGAACUUGUUACUCUGCUUCAGGGCAAGGCUUUUGGUAUCAGCAAUGCUGGAGACAUCUUCCGACUGCACCACUGUAUCCAUGGCUACGGAAAAUGCAUCAUGAAACCGUUCUGCCAGAACGGUGGACGAUGUGUGCAUGGAGAUAUCAUCCGACAGCAUAUCUGCCAAUGUCCUAAGAAUUUCCAGGGCGACCAUUGCCAAGAGAAGGUGGAGGAUCACCUCAGUAAGGUAGAAGACACUCUUGUUUUACUUCAGCAUCAAAUUGCUCACUUUGGUGUUUCUUACACUCGCUGGGGAAAGGAAACGUGCAACGAGACAGCUGGAGCUUCCCUAGUUUACACCGGGUUCAUGGCUGGUUCUCACUUCACUCACAGAGGUGGUGCUGCCGAAUAUCUCUGCUUGCCCGAGGAGCCUCAGUAUGGAGACUUCAAACCUGGAGAUCAGUCAGGAAACGAGGUCUACAUUACUGAGUUUGAAACUAUUCAUACAUUUGAGCCUUUCACCGGCGUGCACAAUCACAAUCCACUGUGUGCAGUAUGCCAGGCUGACUCUCGUGUGUCCCACAUCAUGAUUCCAGCUAGAAAUACCUGUCCUUCGGGCUGGACUCUGGAGUACCAUGGAUAUCUAAUGGCGCAGCAUCAUACACAACGCCGCACAAAGAAUGUUUGCGUGGAUGUGGACCCAGACGUCAAGGGAACAUCAGCAAGCCCGACUGAUGGAGCUCUAUUGUACUUCACGGAGGUCACUUGUCAGAGUGAGAUGUCAUGUCCCCCAUACGACAAGCAGAAGGAGCUAACAUGUGCAGUAUGUACACGCUAAGAGUAAGAGGAUUCCAUUCACCGGAGGAGCUUAAUGAUCCCUGCGGGUCUGAGCAUGGUAGUAAUUUCUCUAAUCCCAGACGGCACAUUAGCUUAUACAGGUUGGUAACUGCCCACACCAUGUACAUGUACUAGCAUUCAGCGUUUCUUAGUUCUGUAUUUUUACAAAAAGGUUUGUCCCCCAUCUUGUUUUGGUUUCAACAGCAGUUGGCCGACAUAAUAGCAAUUGUAAAAUGCAUCCCGUUCACACAUACAUGUAUGCUAUGAACAUUUCGCAAACACGUGUUUUGAUUUUUUCUCCAAGAUCUCACUAAAAAAGAAUCACUUUCGAAGGAACAUUAUUGCCUGUAGACUUUCAAUGAACUUCCGUAGAGGCCCUUAGACCACUCGCUCUAAAUCUCUCACAGUUGCCAACUUCAUUAUUUUGGCACUUUGGCACUUUGUUUGUGCUGAAUUUUCUGUCUUUUCUACUUUUCGAUCACUCAGGCUGACUACAUCUGUCUCCCCACGACCGUCACUAUACGGCCUUACACUAUUCUGAACAACUAUCCAACUACUAUAAAUGUUCCGAAAUCCAAACGGGUACCCUUUUACUAACGGUACGUGAGAUUAACGUGCUUCGAACCCGGGUCCCCGGGUACCCCGGGUACCCGACACACCCGUUUGACCCCCUAAUUUCCAGUCUUUGUUUUAAUAGAAGCAUCUUCUCCUUUCCAACGCUUGUGACUCCACUUCUCACCUCCUUCUGGGAGGCCUUCAUUUUCUCCCGACACUCUCAUUGCCGUGAAGGAUUUCUUCCAAACUCGCACUGAAUUUCCCCACAGGUGCUACCAUCACUUGAAGCUAUAGUUAUUAGUUUGAACAUUUGGAAAAUGGCGUCGUGAUAGCACUGUACUGUAUUUACCCGUGUCUUAAAAUUCCUCUCCCACAAUCUGUGUUACUCAAAGUGUUACCUACUAUCUACGGCUGCAUUAUAUUCAUACUUUUAAAAAGCAUUGGUUCCACGUCUAAAUUAAAAAUAAGUUAACGUCCGACUCACAACCCUGAUAGAAUUGGCAAUGUCUAUAAGC